UUGAAAUCGUGCCAUUGCAUUCCAGCCUGGGCAACAGGGUGAAACCCCUCUCAAUACAUAAAUAAAUAAAUGGCAAGUUGUGCAAGAAAGAUUCAGUGAAACACCAGUUAGAAUAAACGCAAAAACACAAAAAAUGGUAUUACACAGGUGUACUGGAGCCAGCUUAUCAUGAGGGUCAAUUGUUACAUUUUCAGUUUUCUACAUUUAAAACAUUUUUAGACUGAGGUAAAAUUCCUCAAUUUAGCUGUUUGCCUAACAUAGCCCAAUACUCAAAACUAAAUCGUAUAAACUUGAACAUAAAUAAGUUAUAAUAAAAAUAAAGUAAGAAGCACUAAAAGCUCAUCACUUCCUACUUGUGGCUCCCAAAACAUGGUGGCGGUGGUGGUUGGUGUGCGGUGGGUGGGGCAGGUGCUACUGUGUAAUGGAUAGGGACCAGAGAUGUUGCUAAAUAUCCCACAAAGCGUAAGACAGCCCCCCCCACAAAAACGAUCUGGUCCUAAAUGUCAGCUGUGCCAACAUUGAGAUAUCCUGAUCUUUCCUAAAGCAUUAAUUCCUCAUGAGUGAGGCCAGUAUCUGACUCAUCUCUGUCCCCAAAUCACAGUCUGGCAGAGAGGAUAUUGCUAAAGAACAUUAAUGAUGCUCUGCAUCCCAGGCAUUUGUUGCAUUUAAACCCUAGUGUUAUGAGUUAGGGACUAUGAUUAUAUUUGAUAAAGGAAAGAAACAGCUGUGCUGGUAAUGAGGCUGCUAAGGAAGGACGGAAAAUCAAAACGUAGGACUAAUCAGAAAAAUCCAAAUAUGCUCCCCCAACCAAUCACAAUAGCCUCUAAUUAGCCACUGCCAGCUUCCUUAUGUCAACAGCCUCCAAUCAGGCACUCCUGAAGCCUUCCCUUUCUUUCACUAUAAGCUUUCCCACUACCCUGCCUGCCUUCGAGUCUGUGGCAAACACAAAUGGCGUCAGUUGACUCCCAUUUAUUAUAGCAAGCUCUGAAUUAACAGCCUUUGCUUGUUUUCAUUGGGUGGUCUUUAUUUCCACAUAGCACAGGGUGUGAAAAGCCUUCUGCAUGUUGCACGCCUUGUUUCUUCUCCUCGUUAUAACAAAUCCUGUGGGGUCACGUUUUCCCAGUGAUGAGUUGCCAGGACCAUGUGCUCACAAAGGAGGGGAGCUGCAGAAUAUGGCAAAUGGCCAACAAGAACUCUCCCCUCCAGCCUACUCUGAAGGAUCGCUGAGGUGCCCCUGAUGUACAUGAGAUGGUCCAGCUCGUACUAGGGAUUGAAACAUAGAUAGUACCAGAGAUGGCAGCAGGACAGAGACCCCUGCAAGAGUGGACAUCCCUCCACACCUGGAACUCUUUCCUUCCAGGAGACCACAUACAAUCCUCUGUUUCUAUCAGGCUUGAUGGAAGUACCAUAGAAGCCUUCAGAGCUGAGACAGACCAGCAGUCUCUACACUCUACCUUUAUCCCAGGAGUCCAGGGGGAUUCUGGGUCAAGUUCACAUCCCCGCCAACAGCCAAAGCUCUUGACUGUCCAAGCAAUUUCUAAGAAUUACCAGUGGAAACAGUUCCCUGUGGCUGCUACGAAAAAUUAUUACAAACUUAAUGGCUACAACAAUACAAAUUUACUAUCAUACAGCCGUGAUAUGACAGUAUCCCAUGAGAUUAAAAAUACCAUUAUUCGAAUUUUAUAGGUGAAGAAAAUGAAGCACACGGUGGUUAAGUAACUUGCUUAGGGUACAUAAGCUAGUAAGUGCUUGAGAUAAUUAACGUAGACAUCUUUGGAAAGGAAUGUACACAAAAAUGUAAAAGCAAUACUUAGGUCUGAGUAGAAAUAUGAUAGAUGUUGUUUGUUUGCUUUGUUGUUUUUCUGAAAUUUACAGUAUGUCUAGGACUGAGGCCCACAAACUUUUUCUAUAAAGGGCCAGACAGUAAAUAUUUUAGGUUUUUCGGCCCAGAUGGUCUCUGUCACAACUACAAAACUCAGCCUUGUAGCCUGAAAGCAGCUGUAGACAAUAUAUAGUGAAAUGGCAUGGUUGUGUUCCAAUAACACUUUAUUCGUGGACACUGGAAUUCACAUUCUAUGUAAUUUUCAUGUCAUGAAAUAUUUUCUUUUGUCUUUCCCCUCCAACCAUUAAAAAAUGUAACAAUUACUCUUAGCUCAUAGACCCUACAAAAACAGGAGGAAGGCAGAUCUGGCCAGCAGAUCAUAGGAUGACAAGCAUCACACUCAGCAUGAAACUGUUCUAAAAUAUUGCUUUAAGAUGAAAAAGCAGAUACAGUUCUUUGGUCAGCAGUUGGUGGCGUGGGCACAGGUCUGGAGACCUGCCAGCCUCCAGGCAGGCUAGAGGGCAGGUGUGGGCAGUUAGUUUUGUCCCUGGAGCCUGGGAAGACGGUGGGUGACCAGACAGUCCUGUCUAUCCUGAGAGGAGAACAUUCAGCUCAAAUCCCAGACCCACUAUGCACAGAUCAGAGCCAUUUCUGAAAAUGUCGCUGCUGAUUCUGCUUUUCCUGGGAUUGGCAGAAGCCUGUACUCCUCGUGAAGGUAAUGCUUCCAGCCACGCCUUGUGUCCCCUGUGUACUUUCUUACAACUGGGGAGGUUCUCGUGGGCUGGAUUCAGAGAGAAGCUCCUGAAGUCUAACGGACUUCUUGCUUCCCAUUUAGACAUUCACAUUUCCCUUGAUGGACACGGUGGGGUGACUGAGUCUAGGUUGCUAGCCCCCGCCCUUGGAGAUACGCUUGUGUCUGCAUCCUGGUUUCUAUCACGGAUUCUUUGUGCCUUUGGGGAGACAUUGCUUCUGCAAGCCUUGCUGUCCUCAUCUGACCAACGGGGCUCACAAGAAUCCCCAGUUCAUGGGACAGUUAAUGGAGAGACAGCAGUGGCAGGAAGCUCUAGGGCAGGAAGGGAAGGCUAUCAGCAUCAAUCAUCUCCAUGGUUCUCUCCAGUUAAACCCUUCUCAGGCACCACCCCAUCCAGGAAACCACUGCCCAAGAGGAAGAACACGUGGAACUUCCUGAAAUGCGCCUACAUGGUGAUAACCUACCUCUUCGUAUCCUACAACAAAGGGGACUGGUGUUACUGCCACUACUGUAACUCGGAACUGGACAUCAGGGAUGAUCCCUGCUGUUCUUUCUAGUGAGCCUGCUCCAUCUCAGCUCAGUCUUCACAAGGCCUCCAUCUCCCAGGCAUUCUCACCUCUGAAGAAAGCUCUCUAUCCCCUGGACUGCCUGUGUGGAGGGUAAUGAACUGGGUCCUUUAAGGAAUGGCAGCUGGGUGCCCAGAGGCAUGGCCAGAAGGGGUCUGUGGGGGCCAUGCCUUGGAAGGAUGCAUCCAGAACGGCUGAGAGGGCAACUGCAGGGGUUUCCCCUAAAAUCUCUCCUCCAGAUCGUUCUCAGACUAUCUCCACUACUUCCAUAAUAAAAUGUAUACUUGUUGAAAUGGCUGAAAAGUUUGGGUUAUUCCAUUCCCCCACACUGAGAACUAACAGGUAUGCUGGUGGUUUACCAAGAGUCAUAAACCCUAUCAGUUAACUGUGCACUUUACAGGUGAAGAAACUACAGCUCAGAGGGACUGAUGGCUCUCCCAACAUCACACUAAGCUACAGAGCUGAGAUUUGACCCAGUUUGACUCAUUCCAAAGUCCGUAUUCUUUUAUGUAAAGAUUUGGGGCUCCCCGCUCCGUCCCGAGGAAAUACAGGUGUGAGGAUGUGGCUGUUCCAGGAGGAAGCCGUGUCCAGCUCUCCAGCCUGCAUGUUUCCUGCCUACUCUGGAGGUGGUUCCAUUUCCUGGUUGAGAGCUUGGGCUCUGGAGAAAGGUUUCCUGGGUUCGAAUCCCAGCUCCACCCUUAAUGAAUAUGCGGCCUUGGGGAGGGUAUUGUCUCUUAAUGCCUUAUUUUAUCGUCAGAUGGGGAUAGUAACAGUAGGGUAGAAGUUUUCUUACCAUCAUGAUCAGAACCAUCAUUGGCUGGUUCAUCAAAUAAGUUGGUUCCAAUAAGAAAUUAAAAAUACUUUUACCAUUUUGUUUUAAAAUGUAAAACUGUACACUCAUUUGCCAAUCUUUGGAUAUAAGACCAGGGGGUGGUGGUGGUGUUCUAUAGGUCUAUGGACCUACAAUUUCCACUUUGUACCUUAAAAGGGCAGUGGAGACACAGGCAUGCUUGCAAAGCUAUUUAAGCAAAAUCCUCGCUGCAUUAAAAAAAAAGAAAAAAUCAUCCCUAUGGCCAUCUUGCCCAUUCCAACUUGACGUAUUUUUUGUUGUUGCUCUUACUAACAAUCGACCUUUAUCACAUCUUUCCCACUGAACUAUUGUUUUGGUGGAAACAAUUCUUUGCCGACGCACUCAUAUUCUCCUCAUUUAUGUUAAAUGUGAUUUAUUACAUUUUUGAAAUAAAACAUCAUUGAAAUAAAACCCAUUAGAAUGAAAAGGUUUCGAAUAAAUGCAACUCAACUAGCUCUUGGUAGUCACAUAACUGAACCGAUAGAGAAGAACGAAGGCAUAUUAGAAAGCACUGCACUAGCCAGGGGCAUUCAGUGAGCCUGAAGCAUCAAUUGGUAUAUUUCACAGACGGAUGGAAACUUCUUUCACCCCAGGGAUCAUUUUAAAGUGGAGUUUAAGGAACAGUCUACUGAGCUUGCCUCAUAGAGGUAAACUUUAAAUGAGAUAACAUAAUUUUUAAAAUUUUUAAGUUCCAGGGUACAUGUGCAGGCUGUGCCGCUUUGUCACACAGGUAAACGUGUGCCAUGGUGGUUUGCUGCCCCCAUCAAUCCAUCACCUAGGUAAUCAGCCCAGCAGGCCUUAGCUAUUUUUCCCAGUGCUCUCCCUCCCCGCAACCCCAUACCCCAACAGGCCCCAGUGCGUGUUGUUCCCCUCUCUGUGUUCAUGUGUUCUAAAUGAGACAAUAUUUCUAAAACACACUACCUGGCACAUAGUUCUCAAUUAAUGUAUUGUCAUUAUCUAGGGCGGUGUUAGCCAAUAAAAAUCCGUGAGCCACACUUAUUUCACACUUCCUAUUAGCCCAGAACCCGGUAAAAUCAAUUUGAAUAAUAUGUAUGAUUUAAUUCAAUAUAUCCAAGAUACAUUUCAAUAUGUAAUCAACACAAACAAUUAUUAAUGAAAUCAGUUAUAUCCUUCAUUUUGUAUGAAGUCUUUGAAAUCCAUUGUGUAUUUUUCACGUAUGGUGCAUCUCAAUUUGAAUGCUAAAAUUGAUCCGCAAUUAUAUUUUCUAACAUUUAUAGUUAAAAAGUAGAUUCACAUAUCCAAGUUGUUCCAAACAGGGUUAAAGGUUGUCUGAUAACUGAACCAAGUAUCAAUGUAAAAUUUUUCAUUAAAAUUUUUUUAAAAAGUUUAAAAGUCAGUUCCUGCCCAUAAUCCAAGUCUAAUCAUAAGCAAGCAUCAGACAAUUCCAAAUGGAGGGACAUUGUACAGAACACCCGGUCCGCACACCUCACAACUGUCAAGGUCACCAAAAACAAGGAGAGUCAGAGACACCGCUGCAGAUCAGAGGAGGGCAGGAAGACCUGGCAACUAAAUGUCAUGUGGUGUCCCACAUGUGACCCCAGAACAGGAAAAGGACGUUAGAGAAAAAACUGGGGAAAUGUGAAUAAAGUCUGGCGUUAAGAGUACUGUAGCAAUGUUACGGUUCUGACACAUCUACUAGGCUUAUGUAAGAUGUCAACAGCAGGGGAAGUGGGGAAGGGGUACGUGAGAAAGCUCUGGACUAUAUCAUUGCAACUUUUCUGUAAAUAUAAAAUUAUCCCAGAAUUAAAAAUGUAAAACAAAAAAUACUCCACUCUUCAGCUGCACUUAUCUUACGUGUUUGUGUCCCCAUGUCCUCCUCUGUUAAAUGGGGAUAUAGACUGUAUCUAUUUCAUACAGUCAUCGUGAGAAUUAAAGAUGGUGUUUCCACAGAAAUCCUGCAACCAUAGUUCAGGCAUUGUCAGCACACCAUGCUUGUUAGUGCUAGGUACUGUUACUGCUGUGAUUAUGAUUGUUUACUUGUAAGUGCAGAGGUCUGGGCUCCCAUCCCCAGACAUUCUGACUGAGUUGAUAUGGCUGUGUUUGCAUAACAGCUCCUAGGAAGCUCUCGUCUUUUCUUACAGCAAUUCAUGUGCAAACAGGGCUGAUCCUUUAAAAUGUAAUAAAGAAACUGCUAAAAGCCACGGAAACCACCCAGUAAGUUGAUGACAGACAGAUGGAAGAUGUAUUAGUCUGUUUUCACGCUGCUGAUAAAGACAUAUCCAAGACUGGGCAAUUUACAAAAGAAAGGUUUA